AUGCAUUGCAGGUUGGACAAGAGAAAGUUUCUGAUCAUGGGAGCCGGCAUAUUCUCGGGCCUGACAACAUGCCUUUUUCCAUUAACAGUCAUAAAGACGAGACAAAUGGCAGUUGAAGGUGCCCCUGCAGGUUUCAAGGUCGCCAGGCAGAUUCUAGCCAGCGAUGGCGUGCGUGGACUGUACAGAGGCUUUGGAACAGUGAUCAUCGGCGUCAUUCCUGCUCGAGGGGUGUACCUGACCACACUGGAAGCCACAAAGAGCUGGAGCCUAGAUACAGCAGCGAGGAUAGCUCCCAGUGAGGCAGGCCAAGCGGGGCUCUCCAAUCUGUUCGCCGGGGCUGUCGCCUCGCUCGUCACACAGUCAGUCAUUGUGCCCAUCGAUGUGGUCAGCCAGCGCCUCAUGGUGGCAGGUGAGCCUGCCAGCAGCAUGGGGACUGCAUCGAUCAGCGGGCAGGGGGGCGCAGCGGUGGCGGCGGUGGGGGCCCCCCCGCGCAUGAACGGGGUCCGCAUGGCGCGCCACGUCAUCGCGACGGAGGGUGUGUUGGGCCUGUACCGCGGCUUUGGCAUGAGCGUGGCCACAUUCGUGCCCUCCUCGGGCAUCUGGUGGGGCUCCUACGGCGCCUUCCAAAAACUCGUCUGGCACCAGGUCAGGCCGCCCUCUCCACACUUUGCUAGUGCUCUAACACGGAUACCACAUGGGCCCAGUGAGGUGAUGGCGGUGCAGACAGCUUCCGCGCUGAUGGCAGGCCUCUCCUCAGCAACCCUCACCAACGGCCUGGACGUUGUGAAGACCCGCCUGCAGGUGGCGGAGCGUGUGAGCGGGCGGGAAAGAGCGACGUUCCGCAGCGUUGCAGCGCAGCUUGUGAAGGAAGAGGGGCUCAGGGGAUUUUCCAGGGGGUUGCUACCGCGCAUUGCCAACACUGCUCUGUGGGGGACAUGCAUGGUGACGGCCUACGAAUUUCUCAAACGAACCUGCGCGCUGCCAGAACCUGUGGACCGAUGA